GUCCAAACUCCAACCAGAGACGGCGAGGGCGGCAGACCUACACGAGGUUCCAAACACUGGAGCUGGAGAAAGAGUUCAAAUUUAACCGUUACUUAACCCGACGACGUCGCAUCGAGUUGUCUCACAUGCUCUGUCUCACGGAGCGCCAGAUCAAAAUCUGGUUCCAAAACCGAAGAAUGAAGGAGAAGAAAGAACUGCAAGCUAUUAAAGAACUCAAUGAACAAAGCAGAGGCCAUGAGAAGGCACAGAUCCAACAACAGUCAUCGACAGUAUCGUCGGGCAAAGGCGACGAGAAACUAGCAUCCCCUGCAACACCAGAGUCAGCACAAAACGUGACAGAGUCACCCAACAGCUCGUCAUCAGACACGAGCUGA